CAAUUAAGAAAAAUAGAAUUAAUCCAGUUUUAAGAAAAAUCGGGUCUGAAACCUACACAGACUACACGACAGUCUAAACAAAGGCAACCCUCCAACCCAUCCAGUAUCAUCGUUGUCGAGCUCAACAUAAGGAACAAGCAGUUGUAACUCCUCGAGACAGGCUAUACAUGGCUAAAGGAACACGACGACGCCUACAUCCAAACACCAUCACAUAAGGAGAAAGACUACAGUGCGCCGUCGUUACCAAGUCUAAACACAUCACAUGUGAGACAGCUUCGAUUCUUCACCAACGAGCUUAAUUCUCUGUCCGGUCCCCGGCAAGUUCUCGACCUCCGAAACAAUCCAGUCCACGAAGAAUGGGGGUUUCGCCACAUGAUAUCAUUGUCGAGCCACAUCACCUGAAGCAACACCUUCGACUUCACGUUGCAAAGCCCCACCUUCACACGCAUACCAGACGCCGAGAAGCGAAAACAACAAUCGAGGGUGAUGUCGUGGCCGAGAAGAACUUUAAUAACGACACCUUCAGUAAGCGAGUGAUGUCUAGGACACUACCGUCGCUUGUCCAAGAUGGACCGAACUUUCAUCGAAAGAAGACAGUGUUGAAGAAUGCGACGCCCUCAACAGGAGAAGCGGCGUCCACAAGCAUCACCGUCGCCGAGACUUUCGCCCAAGAAAUCCCCAGCACAUCGUCAUGCCAAGACCUAGGGACAAAGCAUGCAGCUUUCGCUGUCAUCCUAACAUCUCGCACAAACCCUUUAGAGGGGCAUCGACACGCCGGCUGCCGCAGCAGCCGCAAAGCUGCGAUGAUCACCAUCCUCUCUGGCUGGGCACACAGAUUGGGCACACAGAACCGGGCAACACCUGGCCACGUGCGCCACACUGUCGCGCGCGCGCCAGAGCCGAUGCCGACUGUCGGCCACCGAAGCCAACCAGCACCACCACCCUGCGCCAGGCCCUGCCGCUGCCGGCCAACGCCACCCCGGCGCUGUCGUAUGCAACCAAACGAGAGGACCUAUCGCCGCCAUUUUGGCCGGUUGCGCAGCCCUGCCGACACACCCCGCCAGACCACUGGACGCGUCCUCUCCGCCCGCGCCCCUCCCCGAGCGUCGACGUCCAAGCCCUGCACGAGGUCUGCCAAAACCGGCCAACCACGAGCACCGUCGAGGCAUCGACACCGAGGGCCAUCUCCAACCAUCCACUCCCAUCUCCGGCAGCCAUGUGCCUGCACUGAACUCCUCUCCGCCCUCGACAGCCGCGUCGGUGUCGAGCCCCUUCCCGGCUGACGCGGCGAACACCACCCCACGGAUCUGUCUCCGGCCGAGCUCUAUCCCGCGGAUCCACCACUGCUCAGGCUAAGGCCCGUCCAGCUACGAGCCCUCACGAGGCGCCAACUCGCGCCACCACACCACCAAAGGGCCCAGCCGUUGCCAUCCUGGCGGCCUGCUCGAUGGCAGCAUAGUGGGAGAGGGGAGGGAUGGGGAGAAGGUGUGGUGGCUAGGGUUACCGGCCAAGUCGCCCGUGCGGGAGGCAACGUGGGGGCCUGAUGCGGUUCAGGGAGGACUAGUUUGGUUACUGUAAUAUCGCUCUCAAUCUAUAUGUAUUAAAGUAGAUUAAGGUGUAAUUUAAAAUAAUAUACA